AUUUUCCGAAGGAAAGAUCCAGGAUUCAAGUCAUUAAGGCCAAUUGAAAUAUCAUGUCUACCGCAGCAGAAUCUCAAGAAAACCGCUCUAGAGUGUACUUUGACGUCUCUAUCGGGAAUGAGCCAGUUGGCAGAAUUGCAUUCGAAUUAUUCAAUGAUAUUACACCAAAGACAGCUGAAAAUUUCAAAGAAUUAUGCACGGGUGAAAAAGGCUUUGGAUACAAAGGCACAACCUUUCACAGAGUGAUCAAAGACUUUAUGAUCCAAGGUGGUGAUUUUGAGAACGGUGAUGGUACAGGUGGUAAGUCAAUUUACGGUGAAAAGUUCGAUGAUGAAAACUUCCAAUUGAAGCACGACCAACCAUUCCUCUUAUCUAUGGCAAAUGCAGGGCCAAAUACCAACGGUUCCCAAUUCUUCAUUACAACUGUAAAGACCCCACAUUUAGACGGCAAGCACGUUGUUUUUGGUAAGGUCCUCGCCGGUAAGUCCAUUGUCAGGCAAAUCGAGAGAAGCGAGACCGCCGAAUCAGAUCGCCCACUCAAAGAAUGUAAAGUUAUUGACUGCGGUGAAUUGAAGGAAGGUGAUCCGCUAACAUUGCCUGACGGAACGGGUGACAAGUAUGAAGAUGUCUUGGCUGAUGAACCAACGGUAAACAUUGAUAAGCCUGAAACUGUCUUCCAAGCUGUGGAAGCUAUCAAGAACAUUGGUACAGACUGCUUCAAGAAGGGAGACUACAAGACUGCGCUAAGGAAAUAUAUUAAGGCUCAAAGUUACAUGGCUGAAUACCAGCCUUACGAUCUAACAGAUGAAGAUGUUGCUACAUAUUGGAAGCUACAGAUUUCGUGUAACUUGAAUGCAGCUUUGAUGUCUCUCAAGUUAAAGGAUUCUCAGGAUGCCAUCAAGUAUUCAACCGAAGCAUUGAGCUGCGAACAGCUCGACGAGAAGUCUAAGGCUAAAGCAUUUUUCAGAAGGGGUAACGGUUAUAUUCUUGGUCAUGACGAAGAGGAUGCCAUUGCAGACUAUGAAGAGGCACACAAACUACAACCAAACGAUGCUGGGAUAACAAAAGCUCUUAACGACGCCAAAUUGUCGCUGAAAACUCGUAAGGCUAAGGAGAAGGCCGCUUACAGUAAAUUUUUCUCCUGAGGAGCUACCCUCAAACGCAACUUAAUUUGUCUCCGCUUUUAUAUAUUGUAGACAACUCAGACAUGUAAAGGACAUACCGAACUUCGGUUAUCUCUCACACAUGAUAAAAACUAAUAGACUGGAGAAUGCAUUUUGG